AAUGGGUGCAUGUUCAGGAGUAUGCUAAUAGCAGGCAAAAAAUAUAGUAAAUGAAUCUGCAAUAGUUACAGAAACCAUCAAAUAGGCAUUAUAGGAGGAGACAACAACAACCAGACCAAAAUAGUAGGAAGAGAGAUACUUAAAAAUGGAAACAGGUGCAAUAUAUGAAGGAGAUUUAGUUAAAGGAAUCCGAAGUGGUAAGGGGAGAUAAGUAUGGCCAGAUGGUAUUAAUAUGAUAAUUUAGGUUCCUAUUAUGAGGGGGAUUUUGUGAAUGACAUGGCUGAUGGAAAGGGAAUAUUGGUAAAUGCUGAAGGAAGUGUCUAUGAUGGGGAAUGGUUGGAGGAUAAAGCAAGCGGUUUUGGGAAGUACCAUAGUCAUGAUGGAUUAUACUAUGAAGGGCAAUGGUUGGAGGACAAAUAGCAUGGUAUUGGAAAGGAGAUCAAUUAAAGAAGUUCUUAGAUAAAUUAAAUUGUUAGAUGAAUGCUAUGAGGGCGAAUUCUUUAGAGGAGCCAAAUAGGGUUAUGGGAAGCUGAGUUUAAAUGAUGAAGAAUAUUAUGAAGGUGAAUUUUAAAGUGGAGUGAUGCAUGGUAAAGGUAAGAAAUUGAAAUAGUAAUAUAGAAUAGGAACUUAUACUUGGAGGAACAAAAAAUCUUAUACGGGAGAAUGGAAAGAGGGACGGAUGGAUGGAUUUGGAAUUAUGAAAUGGGAGGAUGGAAGAUAUUAUGAAGGGUAUUUUUAGAAGGGGAAAUAACAUGGAGAAGGUACAUUUGUUUGGAAGGGGAAAAAGUAUGUAGGAGCAUGGAUAAAUGGGUAUUAGGAAGGGGAAGGAAUUUAUUAUAAUAAGUAAGGACAGAGUAGAGGAGGUAUUUGGAAGAACGGGAAGAGAGUAGAAUGGGUCGAUGAUUUAAGUAGUAGCAAUAGUAUUGAAUAAACAUUUUGA